AGAGUCAAAAGGCGUCGUCCGCCUCUGGGCAAGAUGGCGGUCGUCGAGGCGUCGUUGUGGGGGAACUUCGCACUGGGAUGGCGACGUCUAGACUGAGUCCGAGGCGAAGGUCCCAGCGUCCUUUCCGUCGUUUGUGAGCUCACUCUGUGGGAGCAGGCUCAGGAUAACCUGUGUCCGUGACCCGUGACCGGCAGCACCGGUGAUUCGAGGCCUGGCAUUUCACUUGGAUCGAAUGGUCGCAUCGGCCAGGUGUUUUAUUGUACUUGUACUCAGGACGUCCAGAAAAAGCGUCCGAGCUUUCAUUGCAGGGGCAGUCCUUCCCCUAGGAUGGGACAUGGCAUGAAAUCUGAGUUGUCAUUAGCCGUUAAAUGUGAUUGAAGCCUGGACAGCUUGAAAAAGAAUUCUCGGUAUGGAUGAGAAGGGCGACCCGAGCCCCGAGGAGGCGCCCAAAGUCAUCAAGCCCACCAGCAAGGAGUUCAGGAAGACGUGGGGUUUUCGAAGGACCACCAUCGCCAAGCGGGAGGGCGCGGGGGAUGCGGAGCUGGACCCGGAACAGCAGCCGCAGCAGCAGAGCCUGUCCCUGCGGCGCAGCGGGCGGCAGCCCAAGCGCACGGAGCGGGUGGAGGAGUUCCUCACCACCGUGCGGCGCCGCGGCCGGCGGAGCGCGCCCGUGUCCCUCGAGGACCCCGGCGAGCUGGCAUCCUGCCCGGCAACCGACGCCGAGACCGCGUCUGAAGGCAGUGUCGAGAGCGGGCCCCCGGCCGGCCCCGCGGGGGCUCGGGAGAGGCCGGCCUCGGCCUCCAAGGCCAAAGGCGAGGCUGACGAGGACGACUCCUCCGAUAGUGACAGUGACGGGUUGACUCUGAAAGAGCUUCAGAAUCGCCUGCGAAGAAAGCGAGAACAGGAGCCGGCGGACCGGCCCCUGAGAGGGGUCCAGAGUCGCCUGAGGAAGAGGCGGCGGGAGGAGGACCCGGUGGAAGCCGCGGGCGCGGAGGCGGGCGCCGACACCGCGGGGAGCUCACCGCCUGGCCGGCCAGAGCCCGCGGCCGAGCAGGCGGCAAAAGACGACCCAGAGAACACGCUGGAAGGGAAAGCGGCUCGGGGAGGGCCGGAUGGAGCCCCCGGAGGCUCGGUCAGACACAAGCCCGAGUGUGAGGUGUAUGACCCCAGCGCCCUGUACUGCAUGUGUCGGCAGCCUCACAACAACAGGUUCAUGAUCUGCUGUGACCGGUGUGAGGAGUGGUUCCAUGGUGACUGUGUGGGCAUUUCGGAGGCGCGCGGGAGGCUGCUGGAGCGGAAUGGGGAGGACUACAUCUGCCCCAACUGCACCAUCCUGCAAGUGCAGGACGAGCCCAGCGCGGAAGCCACGGACCGGCCAGACACGAGGUGCCGGCCCGUGGACGCUGACGGCACCGACUGUACCAGCAUCGGGACCAUAGAGCAGAAGUCGAGCGAGGACCAGGGGAUAAAGGGAAGAAUCGAGAAGGCCGCGAACCCAAGCGGCAAGAAGAAACUCAAGAUAUUUCAGCCUGUUGCAGAGGCUCCUGGUGCCGCCAGGUGCAUCGGCCCCGGGUGCUCGAGCGUGGCGCAGCCCGACUCGGUGUACUGCAGCAACGACUGCAUCCUGAAGCACGCCGCUGCUACGAUGCAGUUCCUGCGCUCAGGUAAAGAACCGAAACCGAAACCCAAGGAGAAGACCAAGGCGAAGGCCGAAAAGCUCACCCUUCCCAAAGGCAGCGCUCAGGCAGGCAUUAAAAUCUCUUCUGUGCACAAGAGAGCAGUUCCAGACAAGAAGGAGAGCACCCUGAAGAAGGCGGUGGCGGCCCCCGCGAGGGGCGAGGUCCCUACGAAAGACGUGACCUGUGAGAGCAGCACGCCAUCCUGGGCCAGCGACCAUAAUUACAAUGCCGUGAAGCCAGAGCAGACUGCCGCCCCGUGGCCAUCGCUGUUGUGUAAAUGUACGUAUCACCUAGGAGGCGCCUCUGCACCCUUCUUUCCUGGUCUUUCUGGACAGCUGCCCACUUGGGCCUGUCCAGAGCUAGGACCUGUGGCCACUUUAAAUGCCGCACCUCCAGUGGUUGGAGCGAGUGUCCCCAAGCCGUCUCUCACAGAGCUGCCGCGGCCUCGUUGCUGGCGUCUGCCGGCUCGUGUCUAAUGGGUUCUCAUUGUCAGGCUCUGGUAAGUAUUUGCAUUGUCUUCAGCAAAGUCCGAGCGAGCAGACGCCCUGCCUGGCGCUCAAAACUCAUCACUGUCUAAACGUCAUUUGCCGUUUUAUUGCGACCCUGUUAGCUUUACGAACUUUCCCACCCCGUCCCUCUUUUGGCACGUGGAGUCAUCCCUUUUGUACCCUGGGGGAGUCUAUUUCUGCUUAUUAGUGUCGCAUCUCGUAGUCAACUUACGAUUUUCAGAAGUUGAAAGUGAUUUUCCAAUCCACAUACUAUACACCCACAUAGACACACAUUCACGCUUCGAAAGCCAUUCCCCGCGGCUUCGCGUGUCCACGGUAAGUGUGUUGUGUGUCCUGCCUGAAACCGCCAGGAGUGACCAGCCCGCCCUCUGACCGCCGGGCCGCUGGGGCAGCCCCAGCCCCGACUUCACGUGGAGGAGAUCAGGUACUGCCCGUAGACCUUUGAAAGCCCGGUUCGGCUACGCAGCUCGAAUCUUGUUGGUUUCUUUUUAUUUUUCAGCUUAAUUUUCCAAGAUUAAAAUUUGGAAAUUUAAAUUAUAGAGCAUAUUUCUGUUAUUAAGAUGAUUUCUGUUCAGCUUUUAUUUAUGCUGUCAUUUUUACUGUUUUAUGCCUUUUUUUUUUUGAGCAUCAAAAGUUUAAAUAGCUCUAAACUCCAAGCCUGCAGCGGCAUGCCGCCUCCCCGUGCCAGCCAUCUAGCAGCCAUCUGAUGGCUGGGGCUCGUGUAGUAAGUAGGUAGGUGCCAGCUACAGUGGAAUUAGAAAAACGUGUCACUAAGUGGCCCAAGGCCUAAAAUACGGAGUCACAAGUGAAUUGCAAAGCAAUAUUAGAUUGAUUUUAUUUUAGGAGUAGGUUAUACGGAAUCAAUCAAUUGCUGUAUUAAAAUGAGUCAACGACACCUUAGAUUGUUUGAGCUCAGAAUUUUACGCUAACAGUAUGUCUCAAACUUUCAUCAAAUCACAGCAACCCUACGAAGUAGCACUUCACAGAGGUGGAGAACGCACUAAAAACACGCAUCACCCGUGUGGACAGGUGGGGAAACCCUGAGGUGGUCAUAGGCCUGGAGCAGAACGAGGAACACCCAGGGCACAGCACGAAAGCCCAUCAGUUAAUCUCCCCAUCUGUUGACUAGAACUGGACAGCUGCCCUGGGGCUCCCCAAGGAGUUGGGGGCACAGCGGGGAGGGGCGUGGAGGAGGGUGGGACAGGAGGUGCUCUCUGGGCUCAGGUCUCACUAUUUUCGAGGGAAUGGGACCGGUCCCCAAGGAGGCCGGUUUCUCUGCUCACAGAUGGGUUUUCACCUCGCUCCGCGUCAGCUCCUGGCUGAAGCUCCACGUGCUUCAGGGGACGGAGAGAGAAACCGAUUACCGGCCGCCUUCCCUUCUGGACACUGACACCCAAGUAGAACCGGCGGAUGUCCAGAACUUACGGCCUGCAUGAGGGACACGUUUUCGAGCUAGUUGCAUUCGAUUUAUUUCGUUAUCCCAGAAUUGUCAUCUUCCCAGAAGGUGACUGGGGAGAGUGAAAAGGUCAGGGGCAAAUGCCGACAGCAGCCUCUGGCUGGCAGCUGUGUCUCACCGCUGUCCCCAGACCAUCCACCCCCAGUUGCGAUAGUGGGGUGGUCGCAGAGCACAGCGUCCCCACAAGGAGCCCCACCUGCCUCCAUGGCCGGCUGUAGUUCCUUUCCAGGUCGGGGGUGCUGAGAUUUGGGGUGUAGCAGACUUUGGGUCACUUCCUAGGAGGAGGCAUCCACAUUGACCCAGGUAUGAGGAUCCUCGCUCAGUCCAGAGAACCAGCUGCUGCUCCCGAAUGUGUCAUGGGUGUCCCCGCCUGCCACGCCGACCUCGGGGCACAGCGCCACUCGUCAGCACGGCGGGGCCCCGGUAAAGGGGCGCACCCUCGCAGCAGCUGUCCGCCCCCGCCGCAGGAGCCAGUGGGCGUGCGCGUUCUCAGGCUGAUGCCGAUAACGCCCAGUCAGCCCUCUGGCGAGCUCUUGAGGAUCCUGUGUAGUUUCUUAACUUACGGGAACAAUUACCAUUUUAUUUCUGCUCCACGUCAAUGUUUUUCGUAACUUUUUUCUUCUCUUCGUUUCCGCGAAUGAUUCUCCUCCCGUUACUGUCCAGGUGUGAAGAGAGCUGAAAACGUUCUUCUAAAAUGUCCCUGAUUUGGUGGGUUUGGGUAGCAGAAUUGUUACUCACAUUCGUAGGCACAGUCCCUAGUAUUCUGGACUCCUGAAAUGGCUCGUUAGGUGACUUAAAACACUGGGGAUUUGAACAAAUUUUGACUGGAAAAUGAGAUUUCUAUAGUUUCAUCUAGCUUUGAGAAUUAAAAUGGAAAAUGCUGACAGCCUGUACCAACCAAGACGGCUUGGUAAGCGUCGCGCCCGGACGCAAGCUGUCCCCAUGGUCCACGUGCACGCCACACAGGUGGUCCACGUGCCAUGGCGAAACGGACCGAAGAGCACGUGUGCUUUCACAAGGGGCCUGGCGGCACGGGCUCCAGAGCACGCUUCACAGAUCCUUGGGGAACGAACUCCCUGUGACGAAUCUGGGGUUCGAGAACCUGGCACGUGGCGUAGGAGUGGGCGGAGGGUCUCGUGUGUGAUCAGCUGUGUGAGCCAUUUUUACCUGUCUCCCAGAAUUGUCAGUGGCAAUAAAAUCUCUUGGGGACAAACCGGACUUUGUACCUAUGAACCAGUUUCUCCCCCAGCUAGAGGGAACCACCCACACUUGUACUGAUGAAAGACUUAGCUCGACAGCUGUUGUUAAUACUGGCCUAACAGCUGGAAUUUCCUUGGUUCUCAGACAUUACUUUGGUAUUUUAAAAGUGUUUUUACUUUUUACAAGCCUUUAAAAAAAUAGCUCUUUAGAAAAUUAGGUCAGGGAAGAUUUGACAUGUACAUAAGCUAACAUUUGAGACGAAAGUCCUUAGUUCUGUGCUCAGCCCCUGGGAUGAGGGGCCCCACUCACUUCGCCUGCCGUGACCUCCAUGUGACCUUUUGGAGCUGCGGAUCCACUCAUAACUAUUGACAGUUGAUGCUAGGGGGUCCCUUUGGUGGCAUCGUCAGUGUCAGUCCAAAGGUCGGCUCCGAAGAUGCUGUCACAGUCCCUUCGGUGUGGUGCACCGGUUUCUGCUGCAUUUGUAUAAAGUUGUAAGUUACUUAACCUUCGUUUUUGCGUGUUGCACAAAGCCGUGCACGUAGUUAUGUCCUUAGCUUCUGGGAAUUAAAGAAGUAAACUUAGAA